AUGUCCGCCGGAAGGAAACUCGAACUCAGGGAUUUGGUCAAGAAGACGUGGUACCACGGCUUUGAUCAUUACAUGAAGCACGCCUAUCCGGACGACGAACUGCGGCCGUUAUCGUGCACAGGAAUGGGAUACGACCACGAAAACCCAAACAACCACGAGACGAACGAUGUGCUGGGCGACUUCUCGAUGACCCUGAUCGACGUCCUGGACACCUUUGUCGCGCUGGGGGACCGGGCGAACUUCCGGCUGGCGGUGAUCCGGAUCGUCGAGCAGAUGGCCAGCUUCGACCUGGACUCCAAGGUGCAGGUCUUCGAGACCACCAUCCGGGUCCUCGGCGGGCUCCUGAGCGGCCAUCUGUUCGCCAAAGACCCCGAUAACCUCUGGGGAUUCCGCAUCGAUGGAUACGACGACCAGUUGCUCGUCUUGGCCAAAGACCUCGCCGACCGCUUGGUGCCCGCCUUCCAGGCCUCCCCCACGGGCAUCCCCUAUGCUCGCAUCAAUCUGAGACACGGCGUCCUGCAAGGAGAAGGCACCGAAACAUGCACGGCGGGCGCCGGCUCAUUGCUGCUCGAGUUCGCCACGCUCUCGCGCCUGCUUGGCGACCCGGUCUACGAGAACGUGGCCAAAAAGGCGUUCUAUGCGUUGUGGGACCGGCGCUCCGCAAUCAACCUGUUCGGCAACACGAUCGACAUCCAGACUGGUUAUUGGGCAUAUGGGGUCUCGAGCAUCGGCGCGGGCAUCGACUCCUUCUACGAAUACAUCCUCAAGUCCCACGUCUUGUUGCAGGACGACUCGUUCCUGGAGAUGUGGAACCAGGCGUACAAAGCGGUGAUGACGUACAUGCGCUCGCCCGACGGGUUCUGGUAUCGCGGCGUGAACAUGCAGACGGGGGCUGUGGCGACGACAACGAUCGACUCGCUGUCGGCCUUUUGGCCCGGCCUGCAGGUGCUUGCUGGGGACAUCGAGGCAGCGAUCCAGUCGCACAUGACAUAUGCCAAUCUAUGGGCCAGAUAUUCAGGGAUCCCCGAAGUGUUUGAUGUCCACAAGAAACAAGCGACGUCAUUGGGGUAUCCUCUCCGGCCCGAAUUCGUGGAGAGCAACUACUUCCUCUAUCGGGCGACGAAGGACGAGUAUUAUCUGGAUGUGGCCGAGCGUGUCAUCACUGAUCUCGUCAAUCGGACCUGGGUCGAUUGCGGCCUGGCCUCCAUCGCAAAUCUCCUCACGGGCAAGCUCGAAGAUCGGCAGCAUUCAUUCAUGUUGUCCGAGACACUCAAAUAUCUGUACCUCACCUUCGACGAAGACAACCCUAUCAACCAUGCGGAUCAGCCAUUUGUGUUUACCACCGAGGGACACAUUCUGUACAUCCCAGAUGCCCAAGACAUGCCGGAAAACCUUGGCCGUCGUACGGGCUGGGAAGAGCGGGAAUCGCUGGAGAGUGAUCGAGUGGCCUGGACGGCCCCACCGCGGAACCGGACGCGGCGGGCGUCGGUGGCGCAGACCUGCUCGGUCUUCGCGCCGUCGCUGCAGAGCGCCAAGCAUUCGAACCCCCUGAUGCUCUCGAUCACCGGCCGGUCCGACUUCGACUACGCCCGGAUGAUCACGGGCAGUCUGGAUGCGCCGAUCAACUCGACCCACGCCGUCGACCGACUCGACGAGCGCUGGGCGAGCUGCGGGAUGUGCGAGGUGCCGGUCGCGGAUGAUCAUCUGAUUGAAUUGAUUUUCAGUCAUUCGGCGGAGGACAUCGAGAGAAACCCCGGCCCGGAUAAAGUCGAGUUCUUCGGACCCUCCUCAGCAUCAUCAGCACCUGGAACUGGACCCCCAGAGCCGAAGAGGAAUAUGGUCCCAUUGGACUCGCAUGCUUCCUUCGAGUCCUCCCCCUCAUCGCCCGCUUUCGUCCUGGUCAAGAACCUCACCGGCCUGACGUUCUCCUUGAGGAAGCGGUUCGAUCAAGACAGCUACGAGAUCGUCAAAGUUGGCGCGUAUGAGCUAUCGCCCAAGACUCAAGUGGUCCUGUCAGAUCCAUAUGCGAUCAAAGUGCUCCAGCCGCAAAACGAAAGCGAACAGGUCUCGCAACGAGACCGAGAUCAUUUGACCGGGAUCCGGGUGUACUACGAGGGUUCGGUGAUCAGUCAGGAGCCUUCACAAGACAUGGUCUCGAUGUCGCGGGCAGUGAUGAUGGCCACGUUCGGCCCAGACGUGCGGAAGAACGGCUCGACGGAUCUUUCGCUGGGCAAUCUGCCAUUGGAAGUCGUCGGCUUGAACCCGCCCAACGAAUACGGCUGCAUGCCGAUCCCCGCCCCCGGAUUCGCCCCGACGCGGGAGCGACCGGAAGACGUCAGGGGCAAGGUGCUCCUGGUCAAGCGCGGCGAAUGCACGUUUGCCGACAAGGUGGAGGCCGCGGUGGCUGCGGGGGCCAGGGCGAUCAUCGUGGCCAACGAGGACGACACCCUGCUGAUCCCCACCUCCGACCGGAUCCAGUCUCGCGACCUGUCGACGCCUGUCGACGUCCACCAUCACCACGAGAAGCUCAAAUCUAUCCCGCUCUUGUUCUCCACCCUCGAGACCGGCAGGUCGAUCGGCACCAUGCUUGCCAAUCGACAGCCCCUUCUCCCCGGAUCGCUCCGAAAUAGAAAGCUGCUCAUCGAAAUCGUCGACAACCCCCUCGACUUGCUCACGCAUCCCGAAACUACCUCGGCUACUCCCAUUCACCAUCAGCCCAUCGACGAUCCUUCCAAAUAUAUCGUCAUUAACGGCUACAAACUCUCUAAUUUGAUCUUGAAAAAAUAA